AUGCAAUCAUCACUUCAAACCUCAUCCACUUCGACGGGUCCCUUUGCCCUGCGCACCCUCCUCGACAAUGUGCCCCUCACCACCGAGGGCGUCCCCGAAGACGUCAAGAUCACCUGCGUCGACUAUCUAGACCGCAACCUCUACGUCGGCACCUCCGCCGCCGAACUCCUCCAUUUCGUCCAAAUCCCCUUUGAACCAACCGACGGCAGCGGCCGCCCAACCUUCAUCCUCGCCUCCCGCCUCCGACCCGCCUUCUCCGAAACCCACAGCGCCCCCCCCGGUUCCCGCCCCGGCGUCCAGCAAAUCCUCCUCCUUCCCAAGGUCGGCAAGGCCUGCAUUCUCUGCAACUGGACCGUCACCUUCUAUUCCCUCCCCGAGCUGAGCCCCGUGUUCGGGACUACCCAGGUCAGGAACUGCAACUGGAUAGGCGGCGUGGAUCUGAAUCUGCCCCAGCGUAGUAAUGGGAAUAAUCCCCGCGAACAGAGGGGCCAGAGGGUUACUGUCUUGCUGUCGCUGAAUCGCCGGAUACAGGUCGUGCGCAUUGGGGAGGAGGCGGGAGCAGUAAAGAACAUCGACUUUGCCGGCAGCACUAUAUCCUGUAGACGAGGCAACAUUGCCUGCGUCGCCGACUCCCGGCACUAUGCCUUACUAGAUGUUGAGCACCAGCUCAAGAUCCCCUUAAUGACCAUCUCCUCCCUCGAUAAUUCUCAACCGCCAGGCGAGCUCGGGCACACCCAGAGCAUCGCAGCCACCAACGAGAGCGGCCUACUACGCAGCAACUCGUCGGCCCACACCCGCAGCCAUUCCGGAGCCGGACAGGGCCACCACUCUCAUGCUAGGAGCACGAGUCUCGGCGCCUUUAUCAGCGGCGGCAUUCUCGGCCCGCGCCAGGGCGAGGAGCCCGUGGCUCGACUACCAACACCUCCAUCUAAACCUACGAGCCCGAAGCCCCCGGAGACGGCUAAUAAUAAACCACUUCCUAGUACCCCAGGCCAGCAGGGACCUUCUUCUACCUCUUCCACCCCUAUUCCCUCCGCCGCCUCCGUUGCGCCGAAACCCCCGCCCCCAUUCCUUAAACCGCAUAUCGUCUCGCCCUCGCCGGAGGAGUUCUUACUCGUUACGGGCACGAGCGCAACGGACCCUGCUAUUGGCAUGUUUGUGAACCUCGACGGCGAUCCAAAGGGUCCGACGCUAGGGUUUGAUAGGUAUCCGAGGGAGGUUGUCGUUGAUGUGGGCUUUUCGGAGUCUGUAUCUUCUUCCAAGUCCCCGAGGCCAUCUAUGAAUAACGAGGACGAAGUAGACAAAUAUGUGCUCGCGUCGAUGACCAAGGAUGCAGAGGACGGAACCCACCACGGUCUUGAGAUCCAACGCUUUGAAGGCGAUGCGGAACCCGACAAAUUUUGGCUUGAAGCGCCAAUAACUGAAGGGCAGGGAGAGAAAACGACACCGUUGUCGCCAUUGGGCAUCCGAUCACUGACGGGCAACGACGAGACGGUCUGCCAAGAACUUAUAGACAGGCUUUGCCAGAGGAGAUUCAACCCGUUCCCCAAUGGCGACUCCGACGUCGCGCCCUUCUCCCCCCGAAGCAUCGACUCCCGCACCGCGACAUCCCUCGCGCAAAUGUCCACUGAGCGGGAACUCUUCGAGCGCGAUCUCGACGCCGAGGAUGAAGAUCUACCCGAGGGCUGGGAAGCGAGCCGCAAUCGCGAGGAAGAAGAGUUCGUCAAGAGGUUGGCCAAGGCGAGGGCGGGGAUAGCCGUCUGGACCGGCAAUCAUAUCUGGUGGGCCGUGCGGAACCCGUUGCUCCUUCAGCUCGAGGCGAAAGUUGGGCUCUGUCCUGGCGAUGUCGUUCCUUCGGAGACGAGAGUGGACCGCGAUGGCGUGUUUGGCUUCCUCAAGUCUAUCAAUGAUCGCGAUGCCAAGAAUGAGCUGGAGUUUUUGACUCUGAGCUACCUCCGGCAACAGGCCGGGCUAUUACUUCUUGUAGACUUUUUGAACGCUGAGAAAGACAGCGUCUUUACUGAUUCGGAGACGGAGGCGUUGGCGAAAAGACUUGUCGACAGCUCUCUCGACCCCCGGGUUGUGCUGUCGCUCAUUCCCGGCUUGCGAAACGAGAUUGCCGAAAGCAGGAAGGGCAUCUGGAUUUUCGGCGGCGUGAGAGAGUCGGCGGCGCGGUAUUUGCAAAACGAAAAGGUCUGCGCGUCGCCGAUCCCCGUGGGCGCGCUGGACGGCCGGGUCCUUCAGUUCCUGCGUAGAUUCCUCGCCGGGUGGAGAGUGAAGAAGGGCUUCGGAAGCAUUGCUGACGAGCACGACGUCUUCCGGACAGUUGAUGCCUCGCUCCUGCUCGUCCUGCUCGAGAUCGACCAACAUUCGCCCAAGGGCGUAACGUCGAGAAAGGAGGGAUCGGUCCGGGCCGAGCUCUACGACCUCGUGGACAAGGGGGUCGACUGCUUCGACAGAGCCGUCGACCUCCUCGAGUCGUACAGACGGCUGUUCGUGCUGAGCCGACUCUACCAAAGCCGCAAGAUGGCCGCUGAAGUCCUAGAGACGUGGCGCCGCAUCAUCGAAGGCGAACCCGACGAUGGCGGCGAAUUCCGCGACGGCGAGCAGCGCUUGCGCGACUACCUCACCAAGAUCAGUAACAAAUCCCUCGUACGCACCUACGGCGUCUGGCUUGCCAACCGCGACCCCAAACUCGGCGCGCAGGUCUUCGCCGAGGACAAAGGCCGCGCACCGCGCUUCGAACCCGCCCACGCCGUCGCCAUCCUCCGCGAUGAAGCCCCCGCCGCCGUGAAGUACUACCUCGAGCACCUCGUCUUCGCCAAGGGCAACGACGAGUACGUCGACGAGCUCAUCUCUUAUUACCUCGACGUGGCCGUCGAAGCGCUGCGGUCUUCUCCCGAGCGUCGGGAGAUGUUCGCCGCCACGUACGAGGCGUACCGCGCUCUGCAGCCGCCGCCCAAACCGCCCUACGGCCAGUUCCUUGCCGACAACACGGCCGAGGACGAUGAGGUUUCUCUGUCGAGGUUGAGGCUUUUGCAGCUGCUGAGCGAUGUGCGGACGUAUGAUGUCGCGGCGACGAGGAGGCGGAUCGCUGCCGUGCCGGACGAGUUGUUGGUUCCGGAGAUUAUUAUCCUGGAUGGGCGGGAGGGGAAGCAUGAGAAUGCGCUGAGGUUGCUGGUGCAUAAGCUCGGGGACUAUGAUGCCGCCAUUCGAUAUUGUCUUUGGGGCGGAUCGAGUCUCUUUGGUGAGCAGCAGCAACGUCAAACCCGAACAAACGACAUCUCCAACCAGCAACAAGAACCACCUCAAAAAUCCCCCCUCCCACUCCAAGAGCAACGCCGCCUCUUCAAAGCCCUCCUCCUCGAAUUCCUCCAAAUCGACCACCUAAGCGACCGCGUCGAGCAGACCUCUUCCCUCCUCUCGCGGUUCGGCCCCUGGUUCGACGUCGUUGACGUGCUCGAGGUGGUCCCGGACGGGUGGAGCGUGAGGCUUCUCGCGGAGUUUUUGGAGGGUGCGCUGAAGAGGUUGGCGAGGGAGAGGAAUUUGACGGGGGUUGUGAGGGGGUUGAGUGCGGUUGAGAAUCUGAGGGUUGGGGGGGAGUAUUUUCAAAAGGUUGGCGAGAUGGGGGCGACGGUCGAGGGGGGAGAAGAGGAGGAGGGAGGAUGA